AUGAAGUUGUUGGAUGAUGCAUACCUCGCUCUGGCAGAGACAAUUCAGUGCUGUGCACCUUUGUUGAGAGAGCAGCAAGCGCCUACACGUGGCAUUGAGAAGCCCAUGAGAAUUGAGCAUCACCAACCACGUCUCGUACCUCCGCCAAUUCCGGAGCCUCAAGAGGAUGGCGUAAGAGGUCGUGAAUGGGUCGAGAGGACGAAGAGUUUCGCAUCCCGCGCAUCAAGCCGCGGUAGCUUCUCUGUGAGAAGGACUUUCAAUGCCUAUAAUGGACCGCGCCGGCCGCGCAUCGGGGCUCCCACGGAGUUUCGACAUAUCGAGAACGCGAUGCCCAGGAGGACUGACAGGUUUAGACCUCUGGAACUGAGCAUUUACAUGCCUGAGAAUCAGUUGUCCCCUAUAUUGUCCCAUUUCGGGCCUGUCGAGGAUGUGCCGAACGAGAUGCCAUUCCCACCACCAGCCUUUACACAUUCAAGAUCCGACUCUGCAAUGUCCUUUCGGAUACCGCGGAAACCCGUCCGUUCCAGCUCUGGGACGUCUGGUACUUCUGAAUGGACAGCUCACUAUAAGCCACGACUUGAGUCUUUGAGUACACAGCAAUUGCUGGCAGCAUUAGAGUCCGAGCUUCCGAAACCACCACCUCCUGCUCGCCUGAGAUCGAUGACUGAGCCACCUGCGUAUCAACGGGUCAAGUCGGCUCUUCAUGAGAAGUUUGAAUUGGAGCAACGUCUAAAAGACAUUGAAGAGAUUAUCGAGGAAAGAAAGAGUAUCUACCUGAAUAGUCGACCAACGAGUCGUGCGUUGAGUCGGGCCGACAGCAUCUAUUCUGAGAGUCAAGAACCGAUGCCACCUCCACCUGACGUCCGGUCAUUCACACCUGUACCGACGCUACCAACUGCACCAUCUUUUGCUGCUCGUGUUGCUCUUCCUCAUGCCGAUCAGCGGCCCAGAACGGCCCCAACUAAGACAGUUCAUAUUCCCACGCGUCUUAAGUCAUUUACGGAAGCAUCAGCAGCAUUCACCACACCUUCACCUUCUUCAACAUCUUCAAGAACCCAAUCACGUCCUGAACGCUCACUUCCUCCACCCCCACCUCUACCUCUCGUACUUCAAUCACCUCCUCCACUCCGAAAGAAGAAGUCAUUCUCCCGCGUAUCAACUUGGCUUUUCCCAUCUUCAAAUGAGCACGCUCGCAAUGGCUCCCUCGACUCAGUCACCAACACACCUAAGGCUUUGACCAGCCGAGAGGGCUUCUAUCAAUGCGUCGAUCUUCAACAGUCCUCUCGCCGAGUCAGCACUUCUACAGUCAGCACAGUGAGCACGCUUGAAAGCGAACUAGAUGAGCCAACUAUCCCAACGACUUGGACCCCAGAUUCGAGUCCUGGCAUUGGACACAAGCGAGAUGUUCAGAUACGACAAUUCUCAAUUGAGUCUGAAAGGAACGAGAAGAGUCUUGAAUUGACGAAAGUAAGGACGUUUGGUGAGAAGGAGAUGGGUCCUAAUGGGAGGUGGAGAGUGGAGCCCAUACCAACACAUGUACCAGGAAGAAACAGUGUUGGUGUCGCAUUUUGA